AUGCGACAACAAUACGCUGCCCUGCAGUACUUGCUGACUGCAACGGUCCUCGGCACACUUAAUCCGCUCUUCACAGGCAUCGUUCAUGCCUCAACCAGCCAUGCCGCGGACGUCUCCCACGAAACGGAGAGCAGCCUGAUCGGCGGGCCGAUCAUCAGCGACGGGGCAGGUUUCCCCGUUGCGCUGGACUCGUUUAAUGGGCUGGAGCUGCGAGAUAAUGUGGGCGAGGAUGGGGAACCGGCCGAGCUGGACCUUGUGCGGAGGAAUUAUCCCAGUGAUGCGAAGUCGCUGGGUAACAACCAGUUCCAGGAUUCGACGUUGGAGGUUGGAGACAUACAGUGGUUCUUCGUCACGAAGGAGGUGGUGAAUGGGAAGCAGGCAACUACGAUAUCGACGUUACCCGCGAGUUUGAGUUCUCGGGGCGUGGAGGAGAAUGACGAUAUCAAGCUUGAACUGCGCAAACGACAACAAGCUGAGCCCUUGGCUAAGCGUGACCAGACGACGGUCUAUCUAUCGCUGACGACGUGUCGCACGCCGACGUCUAAUAGCAGUGACACGGUUCCCGGCUCAUUCCCUCAAUUAGAGAUUUACUACUCGACGGACGAGUCGCUUGAAAAGCCCGGACCUGGCAAGGACGAUAGCCUGCAGACAAUGAUCACCGCGGAGGGUGGUUACGCGACUGCUAAUAUCACGACCGACGGCGACAUUUUCAUCGGCGUCGUAGCACGCAACUCGACCACAUUCUCUGGAGAUUACCAAUAUCAAAUUGCUGCAUCUAUCGAUGCGCCCUUCCACAGCGUCCAUAACGACUCAUUCCUCUACUUCAUCGAUGCUGAUGUUUCAGCCGCCUUGCUGGUCACUAAUAACCUGACUCAGUCCGAGCCCAACUCGACAAAUUACAAAGAAUGGAUGAAGCUGAGCCCGCCGUAUACCAUGUUCGCGCACAAUAUCAACAAUACGGCGCUGGCAGGACUGGAGCGGUCAUUUUGCGCGUUGGAUCGGCUUUCAACGUUAGGUCGGAUUAGCAAUUCGACUGAGAUGGGUAUGACUUCUCGUGGAUUGGGAAAUAAGCCCAAGGAGCAGUUUUACAUUACCGGGUUGAAUCGGAGUUCGACGUACAAUGGCAUUCUUGCUAUGGUUGGUAACUCGACUCAAUCCGGGAAUGGAAUUAUCGGCGGUGGUGGGUCUGUGUGGAAGGCGAUGAAUUUCUCCACGAAAGCAGACGAUAACUGCGCCGUACUCUUCAACCUAACCUUCUGCUCCGAAGUAGCUUACGCGGUCCCCGCAAACCCCAAACGCAAAAACGUCAGCGAACUCCGCACAAUCUACGACACCUACGCCUCAGACUACUACAAAAGCUUCAACUACAGCCUCCAACAAGUCCAAUGCUCCGCCGAACCCGAAUCAAUGUACUCCCUUGCCGUCGGCUGCGACGACUGCGCAGACGCCUACAAGCAAUGGCUCUGCAGCGUCUCCAUCCCCCGCUGCGAAGACUUCACCAAAGACGAAUCCUACCUCCAAGUCCGCAACGCAGGCCAACCAUUCAUCAACGGCUCCUCUUUACCAGCUGAGAGCGUGUACCGACAAAGCGUCGUGACAAACUCGAGUCGCAAUCCGCUUAUCGAUUCGCAGAUCCAGCCCGGUCCGUAUAAGGAGAUUCUGCCUUGUCAGGAUAUUUGUUAUACGCUUGUUAAGUCUUGUCCUUCGACGUUGGGCUUUGGGUGUCCCACGGGCCAGUGGUUGAAUGCUAGUUAUGGGUAUCGGAAUGGGGAUGGCGAUAUUACUUGUAGUUAUCUUGGGGCUGCGUAUUAUUUGAAUGGUGGGGCUAGGGUUGUUGCUGGGUGGGGGGUUUGGGGGGUUGGUGUGCUUGUUUUGGGUUGGCUUUUGUAG